AUGGCUGGUUAUCAAGGCGACGAACCUUCAAAUGACUUUGUUGAUUUUGUUCAAGUGUGGAGCCGUCGCGAGCAGUAUCCAGAGGCCAUUAUACUGUUCGAAUCGUCAAGUGGUGGUAAGUCUGUUGUGCUGACUACAAACAAUUCAAAUUUAAACUUCACUUUUGGCAUUCACAUUUCUGUCAUGAAAUUACAGAAUUUGUGGUACAAGUAGGAUACAAAAUUGACGAGGAAAGAAUGCAUAACGCACGAAUCUUAACGCUCGUGACAUCUGCAGGAUCAGUGGUGGAAAUUAAACGAAAGAAAAAAGGUAAUGAACCAAAUGGUUCGCCGUUGUGUUUCACGAGCACUUCUGUAGCUAUUAAGUGGCUAAAUUAUCCAUGUUCUUCUCAUGAAGGAACUAUAGAACAAAGAUAUAAGCUACUCGACAGCAGUGAGCACAGAAUCAAAGCUACGAGGACUUACUUGGCAGACACAUAGGGAGGUAAGAGACAUCAACGUUUGGUGCAGUCGGUCAGUUGUCGCUUUUAUAAAAGGAAAACACAAAUUUAAAAGGAAUUUCUAAACGCAGUCAGUGCAUUAAAACUGUUUCAUGACAUCAAAAGAGACGGCCUAAACCAAAACGCGUGAGCAAAUAGUAACUCUCAGAUUUUCUGCGCCAAUUAAUGAUCCUGGCGUUGCCACGCAUUUUUCGUCCUCUUGUAUGUUUAAUACACCAAAAUUCCUUCUCUCAACAAUUAAAGGACCCCUCGCACAAGGCUAAAAGAGGAUGUUAAACAUCUCAGACAAUUAACAAAUCGUGAAUGUGGUCACUACAUACUUCCAGCAAUAAAAGUACUCGAUUUCGUUUUUGUACACUGAAAUUGAACAUGUGUGGUCUGGGUGCAUUAUAUAGUAAGAAUCGAAUAAUGAAACAGUUUUUACGUCACGAAACAACCACGCUCUACAAACAAAACAGCAAAGUGCACAAGAAUAAUUCUUAAUCUUCGUUUGUUACGCUAAUUGUCGGCAAUGAAAUACAAGCAAAGGUAAAUGAACGACCUAUUACUCUCCUCGAACCGAGACACAUCCUCUCUCGAUAAACAGUUCCUACUAAAAGUUGAAUUUUGAAAGUUAGUACGAGUUAAGUCCAAGUAUGGAUGAUCUGAUAUUUAACACUACAACCUGGACGAUACAACUAAAUUUUGCAAAUACAGUGCGCAUGUGAUAUAAUAAAAAUAGCUCACUGAAAAGGGGUUUCCUCUCGUGCAGCAGUGGAUAUUGAUUCUACGUUCAUUACGCCCACGUAAAACACACGAUAACUCUUUACGCUAAAACACCUAUCAUUAAAGCUUAUAGUCGGUUGAAACUGUUUUAUCAACAGCUUUCAAGACAGAAAGAGUUAGAAAAUCAAGUGUUUGGCGAUGCAAAAGUAUAAGGAAGAUUUCAAAACGUCAAGAAGAGAAAAUAUUUACUGUCAAUGUAAGGCCAUUUUGUAAUAAAUACAACCCAAUUUUUACUUGUUGUGUACGUAUAUUUUUUAUCAGGGCAUACUUUGAGUGCAUUUAAGAACCAACUUUGAGUGCAUUUAAAGAACCAAAUAUCGUUUAUUCAGUAGAGCUGCUUUGCCAAGGUAAAGAAAAACAUGAGCUCAUACAUUUAACGCCGCGAGGAACGAGAAAUCCUAAAAUAUGCAAUGAAUGACACCGCGCGAGCCACAGAGAUCAACAUUCGUUUUCUCUUAACUGCUUAGCUCCUCCCCUGGAUGCUAUUGUUUAACUAAUUAACAUUCUUAGCUCCUGAGUCAGGUGUAAUCCGAGGAAAGAAAGACAAGACGUAGAAAGACACAAAACUUACAAAAGAGUUCCCGUUCUUUCUACAUGACUUCAUAGAACCACUGCAUAGCGCGAAAAUGCGACAACAAGAAAUGGAGAGAGCGGAUGUCUUCAUACUGCUCCUUAUAGUCAACUAAGUAAGUUUAAAUGUAAAAUCUUCAGCAAAGUUCGUGAUCGGUUUUCUCUCUUAGUGAGAAGCUUAUCUCCGGUGUCAAAUUCCACACAAUGCGAAAUGCAGAUGCGCAAUACCUAUUUCACUCGAAGUUAAAAACUGCGUCACAGCAAUGCCACUCUCGAAUGAAUAACGGCGUCUUGGCAAACAAACCAAGAAUUCUUAUAAAAGCAAAUAAGAAAAUUGAGCACUUGCGAUGAGAAAUCUACUGGUAAGUUGGAAAUACAUUGAAGCUUCAGUAACAACGAAAGCAACGUCACGCACUCGGGUGUAACAAAAAUCUGACGACUACUUCGCUUCACAUCAAAGAAAAGACAACGCUCUCUAAAUGAAAACAAUCCAUGGAAACAAAAACAUUCUGUUUUAAAAGGGCCAUUUAAAAACGUUCAGUCCCUCUACUGUCUCUCAAUACUUACACUUAAAGAACAACAGUAACAAAGUACUGAUUGGUAGGUUAGACUGGAUGUCCACAGUAUACAAUCAAAUUGACAGACAAAACGUUUUCCUUGUUACUUGAUUUAGGACAUUAAACUGGUAAAUAUAGUUGUCCUGCUAUAUAGUUACCCUAGGAGAUAGAAAAACCUACCUCUAGAGGUCACAACCACUGAAGCUCUCCCAUUCCCAGGUUCCAUGUACAAUAAUUACAAACCCAACGCCAUACACUUUCUACAUAUUUCAUUUGCGCAACAGACACCGCGCUUUAAUUUUUUUGUGUGUGAGUUUUAAUACAAACUGUGCUAUUUAAACUUUGGACCAAUAGCGAAAAGCUAUGAGUCGUGUCACAUUAGGGCGCCUCAAUAAGUUCUGAUUGGCAGCAAAAUUUUAAUCACACUUAAUGGAGCAGUUUAUUGGUUAGAGUUGAAAAUCUUUCCCAGGCUUUCUCGGGAUGUAACAGGAGGAAAAAAGCGAAACCUAAACAGUUCAGAGACGAAACGAGCGUGGUCACUAAGCCUUUACAUACAAUAUUCUGUACUCUUUGUAAUUUUAGUCCAGAAUCGCUCUAAAUGAACGUAGCCAAUAAAGAAAAGCUACAAAUUUUGUACAUCUUCUCGUCAGCAGUUUCACGCUUAUGCAGAAUCAUAAAAGCGGAACCUCUUUUCUUUAAUAACAGCAUCUUACAAAGUUAAGAGUAGUGACGACAAAACAAAAAUGUUAAGUAUCCGUGCUUGAUAGCGCUGGCACCGAGACACACUUUGCCCAAAAGUUGACCUACAAUUUUACAAAAAAAUGUCUUCAUAUUACGUUUGUGAGCGCUAAAUUCAUUACCUAAUGGAUAGUCGAGCAAGAAGGAAUAUUGCUCAGAGGAAACGUACCCGCUGGAAACGGCAAUAUACGACAGCGGACAAUGGAAUCUUCACACGAAACACAAGGAGCAGAGGUAAAGACAACACCUGAUGGCUGGAAAGGACAUCUGAAGACCACGAUCUCACUUGGUACGUAUACAUUUUGCUGUAAACAGAUAUCAACCCCUUGGAGUUUUGGAUGUCAAACGAGGAAACUAUAACAAAACAUCAUGGCUAAGGACAGUGUAACGCUUAGCUAGUUUUCAAAUUGUAAAGUCUAGAGCAGCCCUGAAGAGAAUAUUGCAAGUUUCACUUCAGAUUAACGUUAUAAUGAAGGAGAUUUUUGAUAGACGGGAAGGAUUAUAUCAAACAUGAUAUGUCGCUAUUACUAAAAAUCCCCAUACUCAUCAUUAGACAACCAAGCCAUUUGAUCAAGACUCUAGUAGAGCUUAUCAUACCACAGAACGCCACGAUACUUGACGUGUAAUGCCUUGAGUGAGUCAAAGAACAUGUAGAGGAAAAAUGACUUUAUUGCCUGUUUUAAAAGGUUGAUUUCUCCUGUCAUUAGACUGUUCUGAAGAUGGCAUGAGAACCAUAUGGAUCACACUGUGA